AUGAAUCUGGCGACGAGCAAAAAACGCAAGCGCAACGGCGCCGACGCUCCCGCUCCCGCUCCCGCAGCCGCAAUCAAAAAAUCAAAGAAACCGGCCAAGAAGCCUCUGCCGACGCCCGAGCCGCCCCAAGACGACGAGCAUGACGACUCCGCGAGCGACAGUGACGGCCCCGCCGAGGAGGAGCAAGAGCCGGUUGAUGGGUCGGAACCUGAAGAGGGCUCCGAGGCGCCUGGCUCGGACGAUGGCGACGACGACAAAGUCCUGCCGACAGACGCCGCCCUCACGCUGCCUCCGACGACCGACUCGCAGACCUUUGACGAGCUCAAGCUCUCGGAAAAGACACUCCAGGCCAUCAACGAGAUGGGCUUCUCCAAAAUGACCACCAUCCAACGCAGCGCCAUCCCUCCUCUGCUCGCUGGCAAGGACGUGCUCGGCGCGGCCAAGACGGGCUCCGGCAAAACCCUCGCCUUCCUCAUCCCCGCCAUCGAGAUUCUCAGCGCCCUGCGCUUCAAGCCCCGAAACGGCACCGGCGUCAUCGUCGUCUCGCCCACCCGCGAGCUCGCCCUCCAAAUCUUCGGCGUCGCCCGCGAGCUCAUGAAGCACCACUCGCAGACGUACGGCAUCGUCAUUGGCGGCGCCAACCGCAAGGCCGAGGCCGAGAAGCUCUCCAAGGGCGUCAACCUCCUCAUCGCCACCCCCGGGAGGCUGCUCGACCACCUCCUCAACACCCCCUUUGUCUUCAAGAACCUCAAGUCGCUCGUCAUCGACGAAGCCGAUCGCAUAUUGGAGGUUGGCUUCGAGGAUGAGAUUCGGCAGAUUGUCAAGGUCCUGGCCAACGACGACCGGCAAACCAUGCUCUUCUCGGCCACGCAGACGACCAAAGUUGAGGACCUUGCCCGAAUCUCCUUGCGGCCCGGCCCGCUAUACAUCAACGUCGAUGAGGAAAAGCAGUACAGCACCGUCGAGGGCUUGGAGCAGGGCUACGUGCUCUGCGACGCCGACAAGCGCUUCAUCCUCCUCUUCUCCUUCCUCAUGAGGAUGAAGCAGAAGAAGAAAAAGGUGAUUGUCUUCUUCAGCAGCUGCAACUCGGUCAAGUACUAUGCCGAGCUGCUCAACUACAUCGACUGCCCCGUCCUGGAUCUCUACGGCAAGCAGAAGCAGCAGAAACGGACAAACACCUUUUUCGAGUUUAGCAACGCCGAGCACGGCAUCCUGAUUUGCACCGACGUGGCUGCUCGUGGCCUGGAUAUUCCUGCCGUCGAUUUCAUCGUUCAGUUUGACCCCCCGGACAACACGCGCGACUACAUCCACCGUGUGGGCCGGACGGCCCGAGGCGCCGACGGGCGGGGCCGCAGCCUCAUGUUCCUGCAGCCAAGCGAAGUCGGCUUCCUGUCCCACCUCAAGGCGGCGCGCGUCCCCGUCGUCGAGUUUGACUUUCCGACCAAGAAGAUUAUGAACGUGCAGUCGCAGCUGGAGAAGCUGAUUGGCAAGAACUACUACCUGCAGCAGAGCGCAAAGGAUGCCUUCAAGUCGUACCUGCACGCCUACGCCAGCCACAGCCUGCGGUCCGUCUACGACGUGAACAAGCUCGACCUCACCAAGAUAGCCAAGAGCUUCGGCUUCACCACGCCGCCGCGCGUGGAUAUUUCUCUGGGGCAGUCGAUGGGGAGGGACAAGGUGCAGGGCAGGAGGUCGUACGGCAGUCAGCCUCAGCAAGGCAGCUCCAAGGGGAGAAGGAGAGGCUAG